AUGCAUCUGCCCACCGCGAGGUCGCUUCUCGCAGCGGCCACCGUCGCCUUUCGCGUCGCCAGCGCACACAGCAUCGUCCUGCCCGCCCACGGCAUCGAGUGCUUCCACGAAAACCUGCAUCGCGAUGACAAAAUGACCGUCACCUUCCAGACUGGCGACCGCGAAUUCGGCAGCGCCGGCAACCUCGACAUUGAUUUCUGGAUCUCAAACCCCAGCGGUGCCUACGAAGUCAACGAGCGAAGCGUUUCCACAGGAGAUCACGACAUCACGGCGCACUCGGACGGCAAAUAUACCUACUGCUUCGGCAACCAGCACUGGGGCGCCAACACCAAGGAAGUUUCCUUCAACGUCCACGGCGUCGUCUACGUCAGCGAAUCCGAAUUGCCCUCUGACCCCAUCGAAAUCGAAGUCCGCAAGCUGUCUGGGCUGCUCACCUCGGUAAAGGACGAGCAGCAAUACAUCAUUGCCCGUGAGCGGACUCACCGCAACACCGCUGAAAGCACCAACGCGCGCGUCAAGUGGUGGAACCUGUUUGUCAUUGGAGUUGUCCUGGGCGAGUCCCUCUUCCAAGUUUGGUGGCUCCGUCGCUUCUUUGAAGUCAAGCGCGUCGUGUAA